UUUACAUUCGAGCUACUUUUUACUUGUGAUGACCAUUUUCACGUGGCAAACUAGCUCUGAGCUCACUUGACUACCGGUAUGUAUUUUUUAUGGACAAGAAGAUGGAUGUAUCCACUUGCAGCUGCUAUGAGGAGUAUUGUCACUGCUCCAAUAUCCACUCUCCGUGUGCUCCCUAGACCCAUACCUGCUGUGUGGAGGUCACCUCUCACUAGGAAGAGUCUGUGUGCACUGUCAUCACCUAGCUUGCUGCCAGAGGCUAAAGACGUGGAGGCAGCAUCUUCACUACUCUGUGCUGGGUGUGGGGCUCAACUGCAAACCAGGGACAACCGUCUCCCUGGAUUCACACCAGAGCAGAAAAUCACAAAAUUAGAGAAUACGAUUCACGAUGCAGACUCUGUUUCUAACGCAGAAAUCAUUUCAGACGCAAAAACGGAGCCCCUGAUAUGCCAACGAUGUUUCUCCCUCAAGCACUACAAUACAGCAUUGAACAUUUCUCUGAAGGCUGAUGAUUACCUCACCCAUCUCAGCAUACUUAAGGAGAAGAGAGCUCUCAUUCUCCUCAUGGUGGACGUUACAGACUAUCCUGCCAGUGUAUUCCCGAGCAUAAGUAUUCUCAUAUCCCCGUCUAGUAGAGUGCUCAUAGUAGCCAACAAGACUGACCUACUGCCAAAGAAUACAACAAAACAAUUCUGGAAAGAUUUUGAACAAAUUGUAUUGACUGAGACGACUAGUUCCAGCCUAACUGGUUGCGAUGUUAUGGGUGUGCGUUUCAUAAGUGCACGGACUGGGCAUGGUCUUGAAGAGCUCUGUGAGGAGAUCACUAACUCAUGGGGGAACAGAGGUGAUGUGUAUCUUCUUGGCUGCACCAAUGUUGGCAAGUCUACUCUCUUCAACACCUUGCUGUCUCGACUGUGUGGAGCCAAGCCUGGGCAGCUGAGUACAAGUGCUAACAUGAGUGCUCCAAUGGCUACCAUCUCUCAAUGGCCAGGUACCACUCUUGGGUUGCUCAGUUUCCCCCUCCUCUCUGUGGGCAAGAUAAAGAGACUCAGACAGCAGCAGAUGAGAUCACAACAAACACAGAAUGAUUACUAUGAAGAUGAUGAUUUGGAACAGUUGGCUUUCGACGAUGAGAAUAUUCUAACUCCAAAAGAAGCUAAAAGACUCAAACAAGAAUCGACUGAUGUAGCCGAUGUGUUGGAAGAACUAGGUAUUGGGAAGAGAAGGAAGCCGUCACUAGAAGCCAGACCCUCCAACAAGUACUGGCUACACGACACUCCUGGAGCAAUCAACAAUGCACAGCUAAUCAACCUCCUCACGACAAAAGAGCUCAAACUAGCCUUGUCCAAGAAGCCACUCAAGCCGAGGACCUUUAUUUUGAAGCCAGAGCAGUGCCUGUUCAUUGGUGGGCUGGCCAGACUAGACUACCUGCAGGGUUCAGACUCCGCCUACUUUACAGUGUUUGCCUCGUCCUACCUCCCGGUUCACACCAGCAAGAUGAGCAAGGCUGACACUGUCUACCAGAACCUUCUCGGAUCACCAAUGCUCAAGAUUCCACUAAAUGAGCCUGAAGGUCGCCUUCAAUCCUUCCCUCCCCUCGAGUCUCAAGAUUUCUGCCUCACUGGUGAGAGUUGGAAGAGAAGUACAGUUGACAUUGUUCUCUCCAGUGCUGGCUGGGUCUCUGUAACCCUUGGCCCUGAACUGGUUGCCACGGUGAGAGGCCACACCCCCCAUGGGAAGGGGAUGGUGAUUCGUACACCGUCCCUGUAUCCUGAGGCCAUUAACGAGAGAGGCAAGAGGAGCAAGUCAGACAACACCAGAGCAAUGUUCAGAGGAAAGUAAUAGAAGACAAACAAACAACAUACAUCUUGUAUGUAUCUUUGUCACUUUAAUUUUUUGUCAAAUUCCUCACCAAAAGUUAUGGAUUAUAAUUAUUGUUAUACUGU